UCCCCCAUCACUCUCUUCCCCCUUUCUUGUUUCUCUCUCUUCAACACCAUCCCUGCCCUCAAGCAAACUCUUCAACCUUUGCAGCUCCAUCGCCAGGCAUGCCUGAAUGUCCAGAGACAGAGAGAGAUUGGAUGAGAUAGGGAAGAAGUUAAAGAGAGAGACAGAUGAUAGGAUGGGGAGGAGAAGCCCAUUGCUGGCGCCUGGGGCUUUAAACACCAUAACGCCAUGCGCUGCGUGCAAGUUGCUGAGAAGGAGGUGCGCACAAGAGUGCCCUUUCUCGCCCUACUUCUCACCACAUGAGCCUCACAAGUUUGCCUCCGUUCACAAAGUCUUUGGUGCAAGCAAUGUCUCUAAAAUGCUCAUGGAGGUGCCUGAGCAACAAAGGGCAGAUGCAGCAAAUAGCCUUGUGUAUGAAGCCAAUGUGAGGCUUAGAGAUCCAGUCUAUGGGUGCAUGGGAGCCAUAAGUGCACUACAACAACAAGUGCAAUCACUUCAAGCUGAGCUCAAUGCAGUGAGAGCUGAAAUAUUGAGAUACAAAUAUAGAGAGAGUCAAGGAAUUUUACAGUCAGUUUCUCACUCUACUCUACUUGCCAAUGCGGGCCACACGCCACCACCUCCUCCUCUGCCUCCACCGCCAACACAAGUUUCAAGGCCACCGAUCUCUGUAGCUGUUUCGACAUCGGCUGUUUAUAUGCCGGCUUCUAGUUCUGAUUUUAGCUCCAUUUCGAAUGAUAAUGCUUCUUAUUUCGGGUAAUUUACGAUUAUUAACUACAGGAAAAAAAAAAAAAGAGAGAGAAAGAAAGG